UUCAGUUCAUUAGUCAGCCAUUUUGGUCAACACCCUGCUUACUGCGCACGACCAAUCCUAUCAGAACUCAGCAUCCCAGCUCCUCUGAGCAGAUCCUGGAAGUGAUUUCUGCAGUUCAGGAUUUUUUUUAAGCUAAAUCGAAAAUAUUGGUUUAUUUUUUGUUCGUUUUUUUUUUUUUUUUUUUUUGUACUUUUUUUUUUUCCUGCACACAGAAGGAGGAUUUUUCACUUACUCAUACAGAGGCCAGUUUUUCAAAGCCAGCUAAGGUAGCAUCGGCUGUGCAGGAUUUGAAGCCUCUGGCUCAGCUGAAAAAGAAGGAGGUAGGGAAGGGAAGAUAACAAGAGAGAAGCUGGAAGAAGACAAGCAUCAUCUUAUUUUGCCAGGUGGUAGGAGCUGUCUAUGAGAAGAGAUAGUGUAGAAUUGUUUAUCUUGAACAGUUGGUUCUUAAACCAUAAGGUGUGUUUUUUUUUUAACCUCCCCCACCCCGUUUCUUGAGAGCUUUGUUGCAGAGCUUUGGAUUUGGGGUUUUUGUUGAGGAGGCUUUAAUUAUUUUUGUGGGGUUUGUGUGUGUGUGUGUGUGUGUGUGUGUGUGUGUGUUGUGGUCUCAGCUGAGUCAUCAUGUCGGCUCUGACGCCUCCCACCGAUAUGCCGACCCCCACCACUGACAAGAUCACACAGGCUGCUAUGGAGACCAUCUACCUUUGCAAAUUCCGAGUGUCUAUGGAUGGAGAAUGGCUCUGCCUGCGAGAGCUGGAUGACAUCUCACUUACACCUGACCCAGAGCCUACCCACGAAGACUCUUGGGAGGAUUUGACAGAUUUGGUGGAGCAAAUGCGCGAUGAUACAGAAGAUCCUAAUUAUCUCAUGGCUAACGAACGCAUGAACCUGAUGAACAUGGCCAAGCUGAGUAUCAAGGGCUUGAUUGAAUCUGCUCUGAACCUAGGGAGAACUCUGGACUCUGACUACGCACCUCUCCAGCAGUUCUUUGUGGUGAUGGAGCACUGCCUGAAACACGGCUUGAAAGCUAAGAAAACUUUUCUUGGACAAAAUAAAUCCUUCUGGGGGCCUCUAGAACUGGUAGAAAAGCUUGUUCCAGAAGCUGCAGAGAUAACAGCAAGUGUUAAAGAUCUUCCAGGACUUAAGACACCAGUAGGCAGAGGAAGAGCCUGGCUUCGUUUGGCAUUGAUGCAAAAGAAACUUUCGGAGUAUAUGAAAGCUCUGAUCAAUAAGAAGGAACUUCUCAGUGAAUUCUAUGAACCCAAUGCCCUCAUGAUGGAAGAAGAGGGAGCCAUAAUUGCUGGUCUGUUGGUGGGUCUGAAUGUCAUUGAUGCCAAUUUCUGUAUGAAAGGAGAAGAUUUGGACUCUCAGGUUGGAGUCAUAGAUUUUUCAAUGUAUCUCAAGGAUGGGAACAGCAGUAAAGGUAGUGAAGGAGAUGGCCAGAUUACUGCAAUUCUGGAUCAGAAGAACUAUGUAGAAGAACUCAACAGACAUCUGAAUGCUACUGUAAACAACCUUCAGGCAAAAGUGGAUGCAUUAGAAAAAUCCAACACUAAACUGACAGAGGAGCUUGCAGUUGCAAACAACAGGAUUAUUACCUUGCAAGAAGAUAUGGAACGAGUUAAAGAGGAAAGCUCCUACAUAUUGGAAUCUAAUCGGAAGGGCCCUAAGCCAGACAGAACUUCAGAAGGGCAAGCACUGAGUGAAGCAAGGAAGCACUUAAAGGAGGAGACACAACUACGACUGGAUGUUGAAAAAGAACUGGAGAUCCAGAUCAGCAUGAGACAGGAGAUGGAACUGGCUAUGAAGAUGCUGGAGAAGGAUGUCUGUGAGAAGCAGGAUGCCCUGGUGUCUCUGCGGCAGCAGCUGGAUGAUCUCAGGGCUCUUAAGCAUGAACUUGCCUUUAAGUUGCAGAGUUCAGACUUAGGAGUAAAACAGAAAAGUGAACUAAACAGUCGCUUGGAAGAGAAGACUAAUCAGAUGGCUGCUACCAUUAAACAACUUGAACAAAGAUUGCGCCAGGCUGAGCGAGGCCGCCAGUCUGCUGAAUUGGACAACCGGCUCUUCAAGCAGGACUUCGGAGACAAGAUCAACAGUCUGCAGCUGGAAGUGGAGGAGCUCACCAGGCAGCGGAACCAGCUUGAGUUAGAACUAAAACAGGAAAGAGAAAGAAGGUUACAAAACAAGAGCAUCCCAGGAAAGGGUUCCCAGAAGCCAGAACCCAAAACGGAUGGGAAGCACAAAAUUCAAGAGGAAAAUGUUAAACUAAAAAAGCCCCUGGAAGAAAGCCACAGGCUGCAGUCUCACCCUGUGAAUGAACAGGAACAGCCGCUGCCCUCUGAAAAGCCACAGACGUGUCAGCUGUGCCAGGAAGACUGCAGCCUAACAAAGAAUGUGUGUAAGAACUGCAGAGGAACCUUCUGUAAUGCCUGCUCAACAAACGAACUGCCUCUUCCUUCAAGUAUCAAGCCUGAGCGAGUUUGCAAUCCCUGUCAUGAGCAUCUGAUGAAACAAUAUUCCAGCAGCCCAUUGUAAGACUGGAGGCUGAGAUCUGGACCAAAAUGUCUCUACCUGUGUUAGAUGUCAGGAUCCCCUAGAGCCCAGACUUUAGAAUCAACUCAAGAAUUGACAGGAAUGAUUUAAAUAAACCAGGUCCAGGGAGAAAAGGCAGUGGUUGGCAGUGCUGGAAUUCUGCUCAUUUUCUCUAAUGACUGUAUGAAUAAAAGUUACUCAGUUGAGCCUCUCUCUGCUAAAUCUAAACAACCCCACUUUGGAGCGUUUGGAAGGGCUGUUCAUUUUUAUGAAUAGUGAUAAUACUACUGGGGUGGAUGUUAUAGGAGAGAGGGUCCUUGGCGGGUAAGAAAAAAAAGGAAAACGAUCAUCCCUCUGUUACAUUUUCAGAUUCAAGAGGAAAAGAUAAUUGUUAACUGAGAUUGAAAUGACAGAUGUUACAUAUUUUCCCAGAUGCUGCUAGACACAAACAUUAUUUCUUCUUUACCCCCACUAACUACCUCUUCUUUAAAGUAUCUCUACCAAACUGUGAACCCAAACUCAGGGAAAAGAAAUUAAAGAGUAAUAUAAAUUUUGAAUGUACUUAAAACUAUUAUAAUAUAUUAUAGUUUUAGGACCAGAAUUUUCUAGUUCUGGCCUAAAUGUGUUUUUAUUAUCAGAGUAAGGAGGAAGAACAUUUGGUGUUUUUCCACUUAGUGACUUCAAAACUAAGUAUCUGCCCUUUUCAGAAUCCCCUACUACACAACAAGCCAGCUCUUCCCCACUCCCUCUUUCCUCUCAGUCAUGGAAAUUAUAAGGGGUUUUAAAGAUAGGGUUUGACUUUUGCAAGUAGGAAGUACUGAAGCAAAGCUAUGUCAGGUGUAAAGUAAAACAAAUUUAAUUUGUCUUGGCUGAGAAUAAUUAGCUUAGAAUAUUUAUUAAAUUCUUUUGUGAAUAAGAGAUCCCUUAUUCCAGGCUCAGAUUCAGAACUGGUAGACAGGUUUCUUGGAAAGUAAGAUACUUCAACAUCUCUUAGUAACAAACCCUUUGGGGAAAAAGAGGGAAGUGCAUUCAGCAGGGGAAGGAAAAGAAAUGGUUUAUGCUCUUUUGAUUAUGUUACAUGUGUCUAGAUUGUUUGAUUCCAGUUAAGACCUAAGAAGAUAUGAUUCUGUAAGUGGCUUAGAAUUAUGGGGUGGAAACAUCCUGGAACCAUAUUUGAUAAAUUCUGUCUCCUGAAAAGGGUUACAGCCCAGAAAAGAGUUGUUACUGCAGAAGUCUGACCUGUUACUUGGUGAAGCUGAGUUUUAAGAGUAGUAGGGAAAAAUAAAAUCUAAUAAUUCUA